AUGGCUAACUUCAAGCUCUUCCUUGCGCUGGCCGCAUGCCUGUCCGGACAGGCUCUGGCUGCCCCGACCAAGACCGUCGCCAAGCGCGCUGCCAUCUCUGACGUUGCCCACGGUUACGCCAGCCAGAACGGUGGCACCAGCGGUGGUGCCGGCGGUACCACCACCACCGUCUCCUCCUACGCCCAGUUCACCGAGGCUGUCUCCAGCGACGAUGCCAAGAUCGUCAUCGUUGAUGGCACCAUCACCCAGGAUGCGAAGCAGGUGAAGAUUGGCAGCAACACCAGCAUUAUCGGAAAGGACGCCAACGCCAUCCUCGAGGGAUUCGGACUUCUCGUCAAGGAGAAGGAGAACGUCAUCAUCCGUAACCUCGGAGUCAAGAAGGUCCUCGCCGACAACGGCGACGCCAUUGGUGUCCCAGAGUACUCCAACAACGUCUGGAUCGACCACUGUGACGUCUCGUCCGACCGUGACCACGACAAGGACUACUACGACGGUCUGAUUGAUCUCACCCACGCCGCUGACUACGUCACCAUCUCCAACACCUUCGUCCACGACCACUGGAAGGCCAUGUUGUACGGCCACUCCGACAGCAACGGCGACGAGGACACCGGCCACCUCCGCAUCACCGUCAACAACAACUACCUCUACAACCUGAACUCCCGCGGUCCUUCCUUCCGCUUCGGUACCGGCCAUCUCUACAACAACUACUACCUGGACGUCAGCGACGGCAUCAACACCCGCCAGGGCGCCCAGCUGCUGGUCGAGGGCAACGUCUGGGAGGGCGGCAAGAAGCCCCUCUACUCCACCGACGAGGGAUACGCCGUUGCCCGCGACAACGACUUCGGUGAUGGCGAGAACACCGCCCCCGAGGGUACCCUCACCAGCGUCCCCUACGAGUACGACCUCCUUGCUGCUUCGGCUGUCAAGGCUGCUGUCUACGGCACCGCCGGUCAGACCCUGACCUUCUAA